GUUGCAGCCCGGUACAUGGAUGUUAGAGGGAAGAAAGGACCUGUCGGGAUGCCCAAAGAAGCUACGUGUGACCGAUUCAUGUGCAUCCAGCAAGGUUCAGAGUGUGACAUCUGGGAUGGGCAGCCUGUCUGCAAAUGCAAGGAUAGGUGUGAAAAGGAGCCAAGUUUUACAUGUGCAUCUGAUGGGCUCACCUAUUAUAACAAGUGUUACAUGGAUGCAGAAGCAUGUACCAAAGGCAUCACCCUCAACGUAGUGACCUGUCGCUAUCAUCUCACCUGGCCAAACACCAGCCCUGUCCCAGCAGAGACUACAGCUCAACCCACAACUGCUUACUUGGAGACCACCAUCACAGACAUCCUUCCUCCUGUUUUAGUCAACAACCCAGCCCAUCAGUCUGUCUACGUAGGAGAGACUGUAAGCUUUCUUUGCGAUGUCACCGGUCGACCUAAACCAGAAAUCACUUGGGAGAAGGAGACUGAGAAUAAAGAGAAAAUAAUUAUGAGGCCUAACCAUGUCCAAGGAAAUAUUGUUGUCACCAAUAUUGCCCAGCUGGUAAUCUAUAACACACAACUACAAGAUGCAGGCAUUUACACCUGCACAGCCAAAAAUCUUGGUGGCACUUUACGGGUUGAUUUUCCAUUAUCGGUCCUCCAAGGAGAAGCUACUUCCCAAGAAACAGCACAGAAUAAAACCCACUUUCCAACCAAUGAGUGUCUGAAGCAACCUGACAGUGAAGAUUGUGGAGAAGAGCAAACCAGAUGGUAUUAUGAUGCAAAGAAAAACAACUGUUUUACUUUCAUUUAUGGGAACUGUAAUAGCAACCUCAAUCAUUUUGAGACCUAUGAGAACUGUAUGUUGACAUGCAUGAAUGGCCCCAUCAACAUCUGCAAUUUGCCGGCCCUGCAAGGUCACUGCAAAGCCUACGAGCCCCGGUGGGCAUACAACAGCUUGACGAAACAAUGCCAGUCUUUCAUUUAUGGAGGCUGCGGAGGCAACGAGAAUAAUUUUGAAAGCCGAGAGGCCUGUGAAGAAACGUGUCCUUUCCCUCGGGAUGGGCUCUGCAAAGUUUGCAAGGCUUGCAAACCCCGGCAAAAGCUGGUGACCAGCUUCUGCAAAAGCGAUUUUGUUAUUCUUGGCCGCGUCACGGAACUGACAGAGGACCAAGAUUCCGGACAUGCACUGGUGACAGUGGAGGAGAUUCUAAAGGAUGAGAAAAUGGGACUACAAUUCCUGGGGAGGGAGCCUUUAGAAAUUACCUUGUUAAACAUGAACUGGAGCUGCCCAUGCCCCAACAUAACGGCAGCGGAGGGCCAGCUCAUCAUCAUGGGUGAGGUCUACAACGGGAUGGCUGUUUUACAGCCAGAUAGCUUUGUUGGGGCCUCAAGUGUCCGACGCGUUCGAAAGCUUCAUGAGGUCAUCCACAAGAAAACCUGUGAGCUAUUAAAAGAGUUCUUGGGACUGCACUAA